AUGAAUUUUAUUUUUGAUUUCAGCAAAGAUGUAGGACAGCAACUGGGUCAACAUCUAUGUAAACUUGAUCCAUUUCAAUUUCAAAGAAUGAACAUGAUUUAUAAACGAAAACCCGUUAGACAAUUUGGUGAAGUUCUUGAAAGUAGGACGUCUAGUCAACUCCAUAAUAUUUUAGUAGCAAUGUAUAAUUACUCCAUUAACAAACUAAUGUACUUUGCUACGUUCAUUCAUGAUGAGCUUCAUAAAGAACUUAUUGAUGUUCUGGAUGUUCAACGUUUUCUACUUUUCCGUUCUGAAAUAGAUUUGCAUACAAUAGAUAAGGUGUAUAAAGCUAAAUAUGGAAUAUAUCUGUCGGAUGAUGUGAAACGAAUUUACUAUGGUGAAUAUGCUGAUGCUUUGUUAGGACUUCUGAAAAAGAAGAAAUCCCAGAUAUAUAUCAACAUUCAAUACCAUUAUCAUUACCUCCAUUACUUCACGCGAUUGAACAUUGAGUGAUGUUCAUUCUCUUUGAUACCUUCGUGG